CUUAAGGCAGCUGCCCCUGCCAGCCACAGGGAAGCCGGCGAGCCGCGCAGGAGAGAAAAGGCAAGUCUGACCCGAGAUUGCACCAGCGCUCCUCCUCGCCCUCGCCCUCGGACGUGCUCGAGCCAGCGGCAUCCGCAGCAGCGACCCCAGUUCACCCCGCGGAGCCAAGAGCCCAGCGCCGCCGCUCCUCCGACACCCAGGAAGGAAGGAUCGCUUGCCGCCGAAAUGGAGAACGCCAAGCAGAGGCACGCCGGUUUCCUGCCGCCCUUCAGGCACUUCGCCACGCAGGCCAUCCACGCGGGGCAAGAGCCCGAACAAUGGAAGUCCCUGGCCGUGGUGCCCCCCAUCUCCCUCGCCACCACCUUCAAGCAGCAGGCGCCGGGGCAGCACAGCGGCUUUGAAUAUAGCCGCUGUGGAAAUCCAACCCGCGAUUGCAUGGAAAAGGCUGUGGCAGCACUGGAUGGUGCCAAGUAUUGUUUAUCCUAUGCGUCUGGGUUAGCAGCUACGGUGAACAUUGCACACUUGCUGAAGGCAGGAGAUACUGUUGUUUGCACAGACGAUGUCUAUGGGGGUACCAAUAGGUAUUUCCGGAGCAUAGCAUCAGAGAUGGGCCUGAAAACUAUUUUUGUUGACUGCACCAAACUGGAAAACCUCAAGGCUGCAAUUACACCAGAGACCAAGCUUGUCUGGAUUGAAACUCCUUCAAAUCCAACGCUGAAAGUUGUUGAUAUUCAAGGUUGCGCUGACAUUGUCCAUAAGCAUAAAGGCGUUAUUCUUGCGGUAGACAAUACUUUCAUGUCUGCAUACUUCCAGCGUCCUUUAUCUUUAGGAGCAGACAUCUGUAUGUACUCGGCAACCAAGUACAUGAAUGGUCACAGUGAUGUUGUAAUGGGACUGGUUUCUGUCAAUGAUGAUAAUCUCCAUGAGAGGCUCAGAUUUUUACAAUAUUCUCUUGGAGCAGUUCCAUCAGCUUUUGACUGCUACCUUUGCAACCGGGGUUUAAAGACAUUGCAAAUCCGCAUGAAACAACAUUUCCACAAUGCGCUGACGAUUGCCAAAUACCUUGAGUCAGAUCCAAGAGUUGAGAAAGUCCUCUUCCCUGGAUUGCCGUCACACCCGCAGUACGAGCUGAUGCAACGCCAGUGCACAGGCUGCCCAGGAAUGAUCUCCUUUUACAUUAAAGGAAACCUUGAAAAUGCCUCCACAUUUCUCAAAAACUUAAAGCUUUUUACGCUGGCUGAAAGUCUAGGAGGAUAUGAAAGCCUGGCAGAGCAUCCUGCCAUCAUGACUCAUGCCUCAGUCCCAAAGGCAGACAGAGAAGUCCUUGGGAUCUCGGAUACAUUAAUCCGCAUGUCUGUCGGUUUAGAAGACUCGGAAGACUUGUUAGAAGAUCUCGACCAAGCUUUGAAGGCCGCGAUUCCCGAUUACAGAAUCUAUAACUAGGAGUCUUGACAUCACAUUUAAUUCCUGCACACCUGUAAUACAAAUGAACUGGAUGAUCAGCUGCUCAUGAACUUCCAUUGGAUUAGAUUUCCUGCUGAAAAUGAAAAAGUUGAUGUUUUUGACGCCCGGAAAGGAAGCCUAGAAUACUUGUUGACUCCACAACCCCCUUUUCCCCCCAGAAGUGUCUUCCGAGGUUAUCUCCUCAUUUUCUGGUUCCUUUGAUUUAAAAACAAAAAGAAAGCCAUAUUUCUUGACAGCAGUAGUUCCCAGGUGACCGUGGUCCACACUCAGGAAGAUUGUGCCCAAUCACACAUAUUUAUAUUUAAAUAUAAAUAUUUUUAAAUUAGUGUGGCAUAAUAGCUAAAAGACUGUGCUGUAAAUCAGGAAGUCCCUGGUCUGAAUCUUGCCUUAGGGUAGAGUUACCAGAUGUCCCUGGUUCCUGGGGUCUGUCCCUGGAUUUGCAAAUCUAUUCCCAGGAAACAUGGCAGCCGCAGCCUCAGCAGCCCAGAGCCAGCCUGGUAGCACAGUUGGCGCUGGCUGGCUUCAGGAGCUGCUCGCUGCCAUGGUGCCCGCCAUUUUUCCUCGC